AUGCUUCGUCGUAUGGAACAAUUUUUAACAACAACAAGUUGUCGGCGCUAUUUAAUUUUGUCCUAUUUUGAUAAAAAUGUAAAACAUCCAGAAAUUCCAAAAAGUGAUUGUUGUGAUAAUUGCACAAAAUUGUUACAAUCUGGAGUAGAUAAAAGAUAUAAUAAAGAAGAAAUGAUUUUUGAUUUUGGAGAAGAAGCUAAAAAAUUAUUUAGAACAAUUAAUGAAGUUUUUGGUGGAAGGACUGGAUUAAAUAAACCGAUUGAUUUUAUUAGAGGAAGUAAAACAGUUUUAUCAAAAGCACCAAAAACAUUUACUAAAGGAGAAGAUUUAUCAAAACAUCCACUUUAUGGUUGUGGAAAAUCCCGUUCAGAAAUGUGGUGGAAAGAAUUGGGAAAAUUAUUAAGAAAUUAUGGUUAUUUAAUUGAUUCUAAAUCAACAUUUAAUCAAUUUGGGUGUAUUACAAAUAUUUCUGAUAAAGCUGAAAAAUGGUUAAGAGAAGGAGGAAAGGUUUGCAAAAAAAAUUUUUUUGAAUUAAAAAAUUUUUUUUCAAUUUUUUUUUGA